CAGCAAGAAGAGCUCAAGGCCAUGCCUGUCCAGAUCCAUCGAAUAUGACCUUAUACCUUUCAAACUCUUCUUCUUCAUCACACAGACUCAACCCCUAACAAACUCUAUAACCAUGGCCGAUGAAAUCCCAGACUCCGCGGCAAACACCCCCGGCGGUGACUCCGCCGCCGCAACCCCCAUCACCAACACGCAGGUCCGGCCCGGAGGUGCCCCGGCACGAGUAUACAUGAAUGAGAAGAUUGUGCCGUAUUUGUUGGAGGGGAUGAAGAGUGUUACGAAGGAGCAGCCGGCAAACCCCCUCCGUGUUCUCGGCGAAUUCUUGAUUCAGAAAAGUAUGGAGGUGGAACAGGGGGCUACGAAGACGCCGGAGUAAGGUGUUACUCUUAUGGUGUUGAGGUUUUUGCUUAGGUGUUGGCGCGAUGGCGUCAUGAGAUGGUUUGCUGCGCCGUGUGGCGCGUACGAUAUGGUGGAUUGAUGUCUGCUGUGUGCGUAUGAUCUUGAUGAUCCUGGGUGCC